AGCGCCGCGCUCCCAUGACGUCAGAGGCCAAUGGCGGCGGCGGCGCUGGAACCCUGGCAGGCUGUGGCUCCGCGGAGAAGGCGCUCUGCGGCUCGUGGUCCGCGGCCACAGGAAGUGGCGGCGGCCCGGAACCCGGAGGCGGAGCCCGAGCCCGAGGUGGACUGCGGAGUCGUGCUUCGUCGCAUCCGGGAGGCCGAGGCAGACCUGCUCAUUUCCGAUUUCUGGAGUUUGGCAGUAGAAACCAUCAACAGAUGUCUUGUGGAACACCUGGAGCAACUGAAUGCCCCUGUGGGGGCUCUUUCGGAAGCCACUGGGAAGCUGCACCUCGACUCGCCACCAGGUGAGUCAGAUGUGGCCCCCGGCUCCACCCCCAGAGAGACCCCGGUCUCGGGGACCUGCAAUUGGAAGUGUGUGUGUUACGGCAUUGGGAACUUUGCCACCUGCGUCAUAGCUAGAACCCAGCUGACAUUUUUGCUUCUCUUCCUGGAAAAGUGCCAGAUUCCCCGAAGUCACUGCUGGGUGUAUGACCCUCUGUUUAGCCAGCUCGAAAUUGCGGUUCUCCACACCCUUGGGGUGAUUGUCCUCCAGGAGAACGAGGAAGGGAAGCGGAGCGUCUGCGGGGCGCCCACCAUCUUCUACAUGCUGCACUGCGGCACGGCGCUGUACAACAACCUCCUGUGGAGCAACUGGUCGGUGGACGCGCUCUCCAGGGUGGUCAUCAUCGGGAACAGCUUCAGAGGGCUGGAGGAGAGGUUGUUGACGAGGAUUCUGCAGGAAAACUACGCCUAUGUAGCGAAGGUCUUAGAGGGACUGGAGGAGCACGCGUUCCCUCAGACUCCGCGGUACAUGGACACGUUUAAUGACACCUCUGUCCACUGGUUCCCUGUCCGAAAGCUCAGCCAGCUCUCCACGGACACCUGGGCGUUUCGGGAAGAACCAGAUUAUCGGGGCUGUGAAGACCUUGAAAUCAUCAGGAACACCACACAAGACCCUCCGGCCACUGACUCGAACUUGCUGUAACAUACUUGGUGUCAGCUGGGGCAGAAGCAGCUGCUGCC